GAGGUUUGACCUGGUUGACUGUGAGCUAUGCUUCAGAUAUUGCAUCUGCUGCUGUAAACAAGAGAGCCGGCUAUCUGCAGUGUACAGUGUAUGGAGAAGAACCCAUACUCUGAACUCGUGGGCUGUACUGUGCAUUCUAAUCUUCAAACAAUUUGGAUGUAAGGCCAUGACUUUUGAAAUCAUAGUCGUUGACAUUUCUCAUAUAAGAGGGCUCUGGGAAAGCCGUGUUAAGAAGUAUAAACAGCGCUGCAAAAAAGAAAAGGAAAGGAUUGAAUCCAGUGCAUUACAAAAGAUAAAACAAGAAUGGAGCUUUAUGUUGGAAUGCAGAAAUAAUGGAAUACCUCAAUCUGUGUACUUUAAGAAUGGUUUUGUAGACCCUGAGCUUAAAACCUUGGAUAAAUAUCAGAGAAAUUACAUCAUUGCCAAGCAGAGUCUCUGUGUUAAACCUGAAACAGACAAAUAUAUUUUUAACCUUCAUGGGGAGGAUUGGGAGGAACUUCCAGAAUACCUGAGAGAACAAACAUAUCUGAGAGAAUGGCACAUUCAUAAAACUCGAAUACAAACCAUUCCUGAGUAUAUACAAUUAUUUGAAGAGAUGACAGUUUUGGAUAUGUCUCAGAAUAAACUAGCAUGGCUUCCCCCUGAAAUAGGGUGUCUGAGACAUUUGAGAGAACUCAAUGUUAGUUUCAAUAACCUGAAAACCAUACCACCUGAGCUGGGAGAUUGUGAAAACCUUGAAAAGAUGGAUGUAUCUGGAAAUUUAGAUCUCACAGAGUUACCUUUUGAGCUGAGCCAUUUGAAAAAGGUCACCUUUGUUGAUGUGUCAGCAAACAGAUUCUCUUCUAUUCCAAUUUGUGUCUUACGAAUGUCAAGUUUGCAGUGGCUGGACAUCAGCAGUAAUAACUUAAAGGAUCUCCCACAGGACAUAGACAGAUUAGAAGAACUGGAGACCUUGCUGUUACAAAAGAACAAAAUUACAUAUCUGCCACUGGAGCUGACAAACCUUUCUAAACUGAAACUGUUGGUUGUCAGUGGUGAUUGCUUGGUUGAGAUACCUUCAGCUCUUACAGAAACCCCAUCUCUGAAGUAUGUCAAGCUGCUUGAUAAUCCAAUUAAAGGAAACGAAUGCUUAGAAAAAGAGGAUAAAGAGGAAAAUGAUCAAGACCGUGAACAGUUUGAGAAAGAAUUUAUGAAAGCCUAUAUUAAAGAUCUUGGUGAAAGAGAUAUCACGCCAUGUUAUACCACAAAGGUAUAUUUCAAUUUGCAGAUAUAAGAGUCACAAGAUGGAGCUGAAUUAACAGUUUGAAUGACUGAUUUUUUUUCACCCCAACAAUUGUGUAUUGUAACUUUACGAGUAGAUACAAUAUAUAGUAAAACUAUGUGGUCAGGAGAAUUUGCUGUACUUAAUGACAUGUCUUUGUUACUAAAACAGUUGUUUAUGUUUGAAAUAAAUAAUAAAACAGAUGCACUAAUUGUAAGUUGAUAA